AUGCCUUACAUGCAUGCCCUUCAGCAAAUUCAUACAAAUACGCCUAUCUCAAACAUGAAUACGAACCACUGCUAUGGAGGCUUCAACUAUGAGAAUUUUUUGCGCAAUGAGGAGAUAAUAAAGAUGGGCUAUAAGCCACCGUUGCCCAUCACCACUGGCACCACUGUGGUGGGCUUAGAGUUUAAUGCGGGCGUCAUGAUUGCCACGGACACCAGGGCAACGCGCAACAGUUUGAUUAGUUCGAAUGCAACCCAAAAGAUUUAUCGACUGCACCGUAAUGUAUACUGUGGUGGCAGUGGCUAUGCCAGCGAUCUGUUCAAAUUGUCGCGACUGCUAGAAAAACAGUGCGAACUUCAUUAUUUUGCGAUAAAUAAACGAAUCCUUCCCGUCGUCUGUGCAAAGCAACUGAUCAAGACGUUACUGACGAGCCUGAUGGGCCGCAUGCUGAUUAGCUUUGUGGUGGGUGGUGUGGAUCCCGAGGGUGUGCACCUCUACAGUGUGCACUUCGAUGGAACCACCGAAGUAAGCCGAUACACCUCCAUUGGCAGCGGGCAGUAUUGCGCCAUGGGUAUCAUGGAAAGUCUCUGGAGGCCGGACAUGACGGAGGAUGAAGCACGCGAACUGAUUUUCGAUGCCGUUCGCAGCGGGAUUGAGAAUGACCAGUCAUCUGGCUCUAGCAUAGAUCUAGUUGUCAUACGCACUAACUAUACCGUUUCUAAAUGUACUGAAGAGAUAUAUAAAAGCUUAAAACCAGAACAUAAACCGCUUACAGUAAAACCCGAAAUCAACAUUAUAAACAAUCUUGAUUUGAUUAUUGAGGAGGAAUCGGUAAUUCCUCUACCCCAUGUAAAACCAAGGCCAAUUCAUCAGAAGACUGAAAAGAAACCCAUCAGGCGAGAUGCAGUGCGUCGCACACCAGCAUUUACACAGAUUACUCUCAAGCCUAGCACAGAAGAUAUUGAUGAUGACGAUGCACCGCCCAAUAAGAAAAGAAAGAUUCAACAGUUAUUUAGAGAAAAAAUUUUGUAA